UACGUACGUAUACGUGGUCGCUUAGCAACCAAAGCCGCUUCUCGAGUCUUUGGUCUUCUGUGUGUAUAGGAUCGAGCCCGGUGCACCGGAAAGGAGACAGCUGGGUACACGGAGGAGGGUGAGUACCACCACGUCCAAUGAAGAAAAAAGAGAUUGAGUAAAGGAGUAAAGUACAUAUUCCAUUUACCAGAAUGGAUAAAGACGAGGAGAACUUCACCACUUUCCUGGCGUACACAAAGAGUCCCAAGACAACAAAAAGAACUUCAUUCCAGGAUGAGCUAAAGAAGGCCGUCAAUGCUCGAGUUUCCCGACAGAAGGCUAUUGAAGAAGCUGAAAGUUCCGAUUACUCAGAAGAGUUUGAAAGUGAUGACAGUUUAGAUGACUCUUUCAAUGAAACAAAAGCAAUCAAACCAGAAUCACGGAGGUCGUUCCAUGAUUUUCACUUCUCAGAUGACGAUGAUGAUGAUGAUAAUGAUAAGAAAUCAAAUAACAAAGUGUCUUUCCUGAAAACUCGGAGGCAGGAAACCAAGGCGCUAGACUAUGAAGGCAAUGAACGUACUCCGCCAAAAUCGCCAAUCUUUGGUGAUAUGGGAAAUGGACGUCUCAUAGCAAAAGACCAGAAACCCACUCCAAAGCCACGAGAGUCCAGGAUGAAACGGUCACCAUCACCUCCAGGUUCUGUUUUUUCUACAUUGGAUGGGGACUUUAAACCAACUCCACAGGACAGGAACAGAGACAAGACUGAGGGCAAACACACCAUGAAUAAAACGGUAUCAGUCGCUGCUCCAUCUUCUCUAACAAGACUAAAUGAUAAAGUUUCUGCUUCUGAAACGCAGUCCUUUUCUGAGAGACAUAGCCCAGAGGGACUUCGUCUAUCAGAUUCGCCCUCACCAACUGCAAGACUGAGGUCUCUUCCUAGGACAGCUGUUCAAAAAGACAUGACGAUCACAAAGGAAGAUGCAUCAGGGGUACUUAAAGAUCUCAAGAUUGGAGACAAUGAUGGCCAUGGGAACACUGAAUUACAUGUCAGUGAAGAAGGUUCUCCAUCGGUUCUCGAAAUGAUGUUAACCAAUGUAAAGGAAAAGUCUGCUCAAGGGGAAAACAAAGAUCCUCGUCUUUCAAAAACAUUUGAAAUAUUUGACUCUAGUGAAGAAGAUAAAAUGUUUGGCAAACAUUCACAGAAGCUUGAUCUUCAAAAGAAGACAGAGGAGUUUCUCAAACUAGAUAGAUCCCAAUCAAGCAGAUCUAUAUCUGCCCAACAAAACAAAAAGUCCGUCAAGCACAGAAAUUCUGCUAAGUCACGCUAUAUGGGAACUUUAACCGUAUUAGACAAAUCGGUCUAUGAAAAUAAUGGUGAGAUCGAAGCUGCAGAUACUUUGCGUGCCGCUGUUUACCAGAACUGGCUGGAAAAAAAGAAAAUGUUUCUUCGAGAAGGUCAUAAAAUGAAAAUGACUGAAGAGGAACAAAAGAAAGAAAAACUAAAGAUGCAGAAUGAAAUGAAGAAAGAAGAGGCCAUGGCUGCAUUCAUGGCCUGGAAAUCGGAAAAGAAAAAGGAUAUAAAAGAAAUUCGAACAAAGCAAAAACUGGAAGAAAAUAAAAAGUUAGAAGAACUUCAAGAUAUUGCACGCAGAAAACAGGAUUGCAGAAAGGCUUUUGAAAAGUGGAAAGAGUCAAAGGAAGAUCAUUUGAAAGAAAAAGCUUUUAAAGAAAAGAAUCUUGAAAUGGAAAAAAAGUUGAAGGAGAAAAAUAUGAUCUCGGAGAAAAAGAGCAACAGCAUGACUGCUUUUAAAACCUGGAAUGAAAGAAAAGAACUUGUGCUGAAGGAAAAGACAAAAGAAAAAAAGAAUGAGAAACUAAAAGUGAAGAAAAUAAUAUCAGAAAAAAAAGAGAAGGAGCAAAUGGCUUUAGACCUAUAUGAGGAAUGGCUGGAGAAAAAAGAGCAACAAGAAAAGAUUGAAAAGAAGCAGAGAAAGAUGCAAAUCAUUUUAGACGAUGAACCCCCUCCUCCAUGGAGUCCUCCGGGAAGAACUAUCCCAGCAGGCAGAUGACUGUGGUCUCAAUUCUCUCCAUUCUACAAACUGAAAUAGCAAUAUUUCUUAACAUUUCACAAUAUGUGUGCGUUCUUGUUUUGGUUCUAAACAUUUAAAUGUCUUGUGCUGUAAAAUAUCGCUUCCUGUUUAGUGUAAUCUGCGAUUGGAAAUCCUACAACGCUCCAGCUGUAGAGACGAUUGGUCUGCCAGCUUUGGCAAGUUUUUAUUUCCACAACAGUUCUAUUACCACUGUAGAAAGUGUAUGCAGUCUUACUAUAUUGCCCAAUAAAUAUCGUAACUAGGGACAAUUUUAAA